CGCCCACCACCGGGCUCCGCCUUCGUUCCCGGAAGUCGCCCGCGGCAGGCAGGGCCAUCCCGGCGACUCCCGCUUCUCCCGCGCAGCCGGGCGGCCGGAAGCGCGCGCCCGCCGAAGCCUGUCCCUUGCGGCGCGCCGUCCGCGCCCGAAAGCGCCUGCGCGGAGUCGACGCGGCCCCGCGUGGGACGGGCCGGCAUGGCGUUCCGGCAGGCGCUGCAGCUGGCGGCCUGCGGCCUGGCCGGGGGCUCGGCCGCGGUGUUCUUCUCGGCGGUGGCAGUGGGGAAGACCCGCGCGGGCGGGGACGCGGAGCCGCGCGUGGUCGAGCCGCCGGCGUGGGCGGGGGCCGCGCGCCCCGGGCCCGGCGUCUGGGACCCCAACUGGGACAGGAGAGAACCACUGUCCCUGGUCAACCUGCGGAAGAGGAACCUGGAGCCCGGAGAAGAAGAGCUGGCGUCCAGGCUGGACCACUACAAGGCCAAGGCCACACGGCACAUCUUCCUCAUCAGGCACUCCCAGUACCACGUGGACGCCUCCCUGGAGAAGGACCGCACGCUGACGCCCCUGGGUCGUGAGCAGGCUGAACUGACCGGUCUCCGACUUGCAAGCUUGGGGUUGAAGUUUAAUAAAAUCGUGCAUUCCUCCAUGACCCGUGCAACAGAAACCACGGAUAUCAUCAGCAAGCACCUGCCAGGCGUCUGCAAGGUCAGCACAGACCUGCUGAGGGAAGGCGCCCCCAUCGAGCCUGACCCCCCCGUGUCUCACUGGAAGCCGGAGGCUGUGCAGUAUUAUGAGGACGGGGCGCGGAUCGAGGCCGCCUUCCGGAACUACAUCCACCGGGCGGACGCCAAGCAGCAGGAGGACAGCUACGAGAUCUUCAUCUGCCACGCCAACGUCAUCCGCUACAUCGUGUGCAGGGCGCUGCAGUUCCCUCCAGAAGGCUGGCUCCGCCUUUCCCUCAACAACGGCAGCAUUACCCACCUGGUAGUCCGGCCAGAUGGCCGAGUGGCUCUCAGGACCCUCGGGGACACGGGAUUCAUGCCUCCUGACAAGAUCUCUCGCUCCUGAGGGCCACCUCGAGACCCCGCUCUCCUCCUCAGCCCCAUGCCAGCCUGGUGUGGGUGCCACCGAGACUGCGGGCUCCUCCCCUGCCCCCCCACAGGCCGCGCCGCAGGGCCAGGGCUCCAGGGCUCCAGGGCGCAGCAGCCGGAGAGAAGGAUCCACGAAGCAGUGCUGCAGCACUGAGCUUCUGGCCCAGGAUGCAGAAGGGAAGCACUCAGGUCAGAUCAGCUUCGUCUUUUGCAGUGUCUUUGCCUCACUCUCGUCCACCAGGAUGAGCCUGUUUCAGGAACAGGAACGAGCAGGCCUGUUUCGGGCCUGUUUCAGGGACUGGACGAGGCCCCCAGAUGCCGUCCCCACAGGGGCCGCGGCAGACGCCGCAGCGAGCUGUCCGUCAGCAGAGCCCGUCAGGCAGGAGGAGGUGGGCGCCAGCGCUUCUUCCAUUCAUAACUUAUUCCGCUGCUUUUUACACUGUUUUCAUUUCCUAGAACUCUUUGUCACUUAAGUUUUCAUCGAUUGAAGAUUUUCCUCAUCUGGUUCUUGUUUUGAAAACCCAUUUCUCACUCCCGAGUCACACAGCCCUGACACUGUUGGAUCUGAACUCACGUGUGUUGCUAGGCCUUUCCGACACAGAGGAGGGGCACCUUGGCAGGUGAGGGAGGUGACUCGACCUGCUGCUCUCGUGGGAGGGGCUGGGCAGUGACGGACCAGGAGGGGCCCUGUUUCAGUAAAGUGUCUGGCUGACAGCUCAGUCCUUGUUUGCCUGUGGCGAUUAAUCUUUUAUGCUUGUGGAUUAAAAUAUUUAGAUACAACACGUCCAUCCCAAAUCUCCGUUUAUUUAGGAGGAAGUACGAUGUCUAUGAAGUGGUUAUGAACAUUUUUGCAAUCAGUGCAACUAACUGGGAUAUUCAAUCCAUUUCUGUCAAUUUUGGAAAUACCUACAAAAUGAAAUUGUGUUUUACUGGU